AUGGCUGGAGGAAGAAAGGCGAUCACUAAGGCUGCUGCUUCUUCUCAACGUGGUAAUAAUGAGUCAGUUGCCUUAGUCCAUGAAGAACGAUCACUGGCUCUUGUUGUUGCACCAAUUGUGUCUUCGUACAAUGAGAGGAUACGUCCAGUUCUGGAUGCUAUGGAAAAUCUAAGGCGUCUUAACAUUGCAAAGGAGGGAAUUCAGCUUCCUUCCAUUGUAGUUGUUGGUGAUCAAUCAUCUGGGAAGUCCAGUGUUCUUGAAUCCUUGGCUGGUAUUAGCUUGCCACGUGGCCAAGGUAUUUGUACUAGGGUACCCUUGAUCAUGAGGCUCCAAAACCACCCUCUCCCAAGUCCAGAGCUUGUGUUGGAGUACAAUGGAAAAAACAUCAUGACCGAUGAAGCAAACGUCUCUCAUGCCAUCAAUAGUGCAACAGAAGAGCUUGCUGGCCAUGGCAAAGGGAUUUCAAAUAACCCCUUGACUUUAGUGGUGAAGAAGAAUGGUGUUCCGGAUCUCACAAUGGUUGAUCUUCCUGGUAUAACCCGGGUUCCUGUUCACGGGCAACCUGAGAAUAUUUAUGACCAGAUCAAGGACAUUAUCAUGGAGUACAUAAAGCCAGAAGAAAGUAUCAUCUUGAAUGUUCUUUCUGCCAGUGUUGAUUUCACUACUUGUGAGUCCAUUAGGAUGUCUCAGAGAGUUGACAAAACUGGGUUGAGAACAUUGGCUGUGGUGACAAAGGCUGAUAAGUCUCCAGAGGGAUUGCUAGAGAAAGUGACUGCUGACGACGUCAACAUUGGUUUGGGUUAUGUUUGUGUCAGAAACAGAAUCGGUGAUGAGUCUUAUGAGGAGGCUCGAAUUCAAGAAGCGAUGCUUUUUGAUUCUCAUAAAUUGCUCUCGAAAAUCAGUAAGUCUAUUGUUGGAAUUCCGGUUUUGGCAAAGAAACUGGUUCAAGUCCAGGCCAUGAGCAUUUCAAAAACUCUGCCCGAGAUCGUGAAAAAGAUCAAUGAGAAACUGGCAAAUAAUUUGUCGGAGUUGGAAAAUUUGCCAGCAAACUUGACUUCGGUGGCUGAUGCCAUGACUGCAUUUAUACAAAUUAUUGGACUGACGAGGGAAACACUCAUAAAAGUUCUCAUUAGAGGAGAAUUUGAUGAAUAUCCUGAGGAAUACAACAUGCAUUGCACUGCUAGAUUGGUGGAGAUGUUAGAUUCUUACUCGCAUGAUCUUUACGGUGAUGAGACCAUGCAAUUUCUUAUGGACGAGAUACAGGUGUUAGAAGAAGCAAAGUGGAUUGGACUACCAAAUUUUAUGCCUCGCAUUGCAUUCCUCAGUAUUCUGCAGAAGAAAGUCCGUGGUAUUAGAAAUAUGCCUAUAGGCUUUGUUGAAAAUGUGUGGGACUAUCUGGAGGAUGUGUUGAUUACCGUUAUCACUCGUCAUUGUGACAACUACUAUCAGCUUUUGGUAUCUGCAAAGCGUGCAGCCCAGGUUUUAAUAUCCAAGAAGAAGCAAAAUUCCACGAAUCAUGUUAAAGAAGCAAUUGAAAUGGAAAUGUACACGGAUUACACGUGUAAUACUGAGUUUUCACAAGAAUACAAUAGGCUAAUAUCUCAGAAAGAAGCAUUUGUGAAGGAAGUUUUGAGUGAUAAACAGCCAUUGCAUGUGAAUCUGAAAGGUGUGGGAAAAAUUGAUGCUGCUCAUUUGAGAGAAUACCCAUCCUCUGUUCUUAAUCAAGCAUUUGACCUUAAAGUGAGGAUGAUUUCGUAUUGGAAAAUAGUUCAGAAAAGGCUGAUUGAUAUCAUAGCCUUGCAUCUGAUGCUAAGUAUCCAUCGUCUUGUUAACUGUGAUUUGCAGAAAGAGAUUGUGAAAGAUCUGUUAUCACCAAGUGGUGGUGGGAUUGAGAGGCUGCUGGAGGAGUCGCCUUCCAUCGCUGGUAAGCGUGAAAAACUUAGCAGGAGUGUGAGAGUGCUCAGAGAGAGCAAGGAAACUGUCGGAAAUAUAAUCGACAGGAUUGGAAACUACGGUGAUUUUUAAUAGUGUCUUAUGUUCCUUAGUUUUCAGUCCGAACCUUUAGCAGUU